AUGAUUCGUAAACAAGCACGACAGCGGAGAGACUAUCUCUACAGGAGGGCUCUCCUCCUUCGAGAUGCGGAAGUCAGUGAAAAGCGAGCCAAGUUAAGGGCAUCGUUGGCAUCUGGAAAGCCCCUCGACCCCUCCAUUGUCAACGACAAAAGCCUCCGAAAAGAUUACCAAUUCGACGAAUCAACCCCUCACUUGAGCACGAAUGAACUACUAGACUUGGACGACGAAUACGCCCAACUCUCGGGGAUCGUUGACCCUCGUGUCCUUGUUACAACAUCACGAGACCCUUCCGCUAGACUCUCGGCGUUCGCAAAGGAAAUAAGAUUGCUGCUUCCUACCUCUGUUCGAUUGAAUCGCGGAAACCUCAUUCUUCCUGAUCUUGUCAAAUCUGCCCAAUCCGCGGGUUUGUCAGAUAUUCUUCUUCUCCACGAACACCGUGGCACACCAACCGCCAUUACGCUUUCACAUUUUCCUCAUGGACCUACAGCGUCGUUCUCGUUGCACAAUGUGGUACUGCGGCAUGAUAUUCCUGGUAGCGUACGAGGCACAGUAAGCGAAUCAUACCCGCAUCUCAUCUUUGACGGAUUUACGUCUCCCUUGGGUAAACGCAUUGUCAAGGUCCUGAAGCACCUCUUCCCCCCCAGGGAGGCAAUCACGGGCAAAAACAAGAUGGGCAACCGUGUUGUGACAUUCAAGAACAUUGAAGACAGUAUUGAGGUCCGUCAUCAUGUCUUUGUUAGAACUGGCUACGACAGCGUUGAGCUCGCUGAAGUUGGUCCUCGAAUGACGAUGCGCCCCUUUGAGAUUCGCGGAGGCACGCUGGAGAACAAGGAUGGCGACGUUGAGUGGCACUUGUCGCAGUACACGAGAACGGCAAAGAAGAAGAACUAUCUUUGA